AUGGCCAGUCGCAUCGACACCGACGAGCGGCCGUCGGAACAGGAGCCCAUCGACAAAGAGUUCAAGGAAGUCAAGGUCGACCCCUUUUCAGAAGAUGCUCCAUCUCAACCACUACCAACAACAGCAACAACAAGAGUCAAACGAGUCUCGACACCAAAGAAAAAGCCUUUUAUCUUGGGAGACCGAUUCUUCCUACUCAAUUGGUUCUAUCUCUGGGUCUUUGAGCUGAUCCAUCGCUGUCGUAAACAAACGAAUAUCAAGAAGAUCCUUCUCAAACUGGCGAAUAUGCUCACGGCCAAGAAGAAUGGAGAGGAUCUGGACGUCAAGUGGUCGCAGGAAAAGGCCAGUGCUGCAGCAGCCUCUCGGCAACCCAAGCUUAUCAGGGCACUGUACGAGCUUUACGGCACAAAGUACAUCCUCAUCGGAGUGUGGAAGCUUAUCUGGGCUGCAUGCACCUGGGCAGGCGCGUACUACUUUCUUCGUGUCUCGAUCGAGUUUUUGGAAAAGGCCAUGCCGACAAGGACGGGUCACCUCUACGCGAUGGGUCUACUAUUGACCUCUCUUGGAAGCUCGAUUUCCAUCCAUCAACUGUACGGCCAAUGCGCCGCUCUCGGAAUCCAGGUCAAGGCUUCGAUCUCCGUCCUGAUCUACCGCAAAGCCCUUGUCCUGGCCCGCAUUCGUGGAGGGGCCGGAGAAAUCAUCAACAUCAUCUCGACCGACGUCGCACGCAUCGUCGAGGCGGUCACCAACUUUCAUUUCCUGUGGUCAGCCAUGGUCGAGACCAUCCUCAUCCUCGCAUUGGCAUUCCCCACAGUCGGAUGGGCCGCAGCCCUGACAGCCGUGAUUCUUGUCUUGGCGGUCCUCCCUGUCCAAAUCUACCUCGGUCGAAUUACCUCCAACAUCCAGAUCGAGCAGACUGCAGUGACGACGGAGCGUGUCCACUUGAUGAGUGAGAUUCUGACAGCUAUCAAGCUCAUCAAGUUCUAUGCCUGGGAGGUACCCUUUCAGGAGCAGGUCAACCAAGUCCGUGCCAGGGAGUUGGCGCUUUUCAAGAAGAACUUGCAGGUCAAGGCUAUCAAUAUGGCUGUUGUCUUUGCGCUUCCCGUUAUUGUUGCCGUCUCUUCCCUUGCUGUGUACAACAGCAAACGGUCUGGACCCAUCGACAGCAGUGUUGUUUUCACUGCCCUCAGUAUCUUUAACACACUCCGAUACCCCUUCCUGAUGUUGCCCAUUGCCGUCAAGAGUACCUCUGGUGAGAUUCCCUCCGCAUUCCGUGCAAUCGUCUCGUUUAAGGAAACGAGCGCCAGAUUGGCACUGCGUCGACUGGACGACUUUUUGACACAGCCUGAAGUGGAGCCUCUGAAAGAGUACUCGGUCUCAGAGGGAGGAGACACAGCAAUCGAGCUGAUCGAUGGAGAGUUCACUUGGGAUGGCGAUGACAGCGGACCAGCCUUGAAGGACAUCAACCUUAAGGUUAAGCGAGGCGAGGUCGUCGCAAUUGUGGGAGAUGUUGGUUCAGGAAAGAGUUCGUUCGUCGCAGCGCUUCUCGGUCAGAUUCGCCAAACAGGCUCAGGACCCAAACUGAGGUUGUACGGUAAAUCGUCGUAUGUCCCACAAGAAGCCUGGUUGAACAACUUGACCCUUCGCGAAAAUAUCGUCUUUGGAAAGGAUUUCGAGGAGGAGCGAUACAAUACCACGGUCAAGGUCUGUGCGCUCGAGCGUGAUUUGACGCUUUUGGCUCAUGGAGAUCAAACAGAAGUCGCUGAGCGAGGAUCCAACCUGUCUGGUGGUCAGAAGCAGCGUGUCUCGUUGGCAAGGGCUGUUUACCACAAGUCUGACAUUGUGCUCAUGGAUGACCCCCUCUCGGCAGUCGACCAGAACGUCGGCAAGCACAUUUUCGACCAGUGCAUCCGUGGCUACUUGGCCGGUCGCACAGUCAUCAUUGUCACCCAUCAGCUGCAGUACCUCCACCGCUGCGACAAGAUUGUCAUGCUCCAGUCUGGAAAGAUCGCAUACCAGGGCACGUAUCAGGAACUCAUGGCCAAUGAACCAACCUUCAACACCUUGAUCAACACCCAUGUCUCGAGCGAGGAAGCCGAUGGAGAUGGUGAUGGGCUUUGCAAUGGCACUGGUGUCGAGGACAUGGGGGAGGAUGAAGAACCCGAGUUUACGUUGGAAGAGCAGCUCAUUGCCAACGAGAACAACAACCAAGUCACUGCUUCUGGAUCUGCUGCAUUGGUCAAUAUGAUGCGCAAGCAUUUGGGUGCCGGACCUCGACGACACACCUUGCCUCCCGGCACCAAAGUCGGGGAUGCGCCCGGAACUACCACUAUUGUCAACCAGAACUACGCCACAAUCACACCUCAGGAACGCCUUCGUCUCUUGCAGCGCCAUCUUCCUCAUAUCAACAAGAACAGUAUCCUCGCCAGUACACUCGAAGAACAUGUCAACAUCAACUUUAUCAACCGUGCUGGAGGAGGUGGUGGGUAUUACUCGCCCAUGAGCAAUGACUUCAGUCGCGCGAUUUACCGCAAUGAGUUGACCAUCCACUCUAUCCCCGAGGGUGGUAUCUAUGGAAACCGAUCUAACAAGGACCGAAAGCGCAAGCAGAAGCAGCAGCACCGCAAGUCUGUUUCUGGAGCGACACUUCGCCGCCAUGCUACCCGGGCCAGUGAGAAGGACAGCUUUGAUUACAGGAAAGGCGAGGGCAACAGCUUCCAUCACCAUCAUCAUACCGCUUUGCCAGUGGGGGUGAUCGAAGUUGAGGAGGAUUCGGACAGUGACUCGGACGAUGAUGAGGUGAACCCUGCGGCGUUGGUUGGAGAGGACAAGAGUAUGGACGAUCUUGGAUUUGCGGACUAUGUCAAGUACUUCCGCGCGGGUUCUGGUGUACUGGUGACUCUGAUGUUGAUUGCGCUGUUCUUUGUCGCGCACGGUAUCCGUAUCGGAUCGGAUUACUGGUUGCGUCUGUGGGUCCCAAACACGCUUAAUACCACAGAUCAGACCUAUUUGGGUGUCUAUGGUGCCUUCAUCGCUGCCUUUGCCAUUGGUGUCCUUCUGAGAGGUCUGUGGUUUGCCCAUGAAGCCACCCUCAAGUCCAAGGAACUACACGAUCGUGCCUUCAAGUCCGUGAUGCGAGCGCCAAUGUCCUUCUUUGAGACGACAUCUCUUGGACGCAUUCUUUCUGCGUUCUCAAAGUGCAUGUUCACCGUUGAUGACACGCUGCCCGAUGCAGCUCUGCUGUUACUGCAGUACUUCCCUCUGGCUCUAGGUGCUUUCCUGCUGAUUGCCUGUGUGGUUCACUGGCAGAAUGCUGUCACUGUCAUUGUUCUCUUGCUCAUCGCCCUCCUGGUCAUCUGGUACGGAAGCCCUGCGGACACCAGGCUCAAGCAACUCGAAGCUUUGAGCAAACCCCCUGUCUUCCAACACAUUACUACCACUCUUGAGGGUCUCUUCUCGAUUCGCGCUUACAACGUCCAAAAGAGAUUCGAUGGCAUGAACAUGGACGUCCUCGACAAGAACCACGAGAGCCUCUAUGCUAUGAUGACCACCAAAACAUGGACGGCAUUCUACCUCGAUGUCAUCUCAUCCUUCAUGGUCUACAGUACUGCCUUCUUCUUGGUCAUCCACAGGGACUCGAUCCACCAAGCCCCCUCAGUCGCCGGUCUGGCCCUUUCGAACGCUCUCCAGAUGCUUGUCUUCCUCCAGUGGACAGUUCGCCAGAUGGGUGAAGUCCAGGCUCAGAUCUCUACAGUCGGUCAGCUGGACUACUAUGGUCGCAAGAUCGAGCCUGAAGCCCCUGCGGAGAACCCUGCCACCAAACCCGACGCCUCUUGGCCCCAAGAAGGCCGCAUCGAUUUCGACCACCUAAUUCUCAGCUACCGCAAGAACACCCCACCCGUCCUGAAGGAUGUCUCCUUCACCAUCAACCCCAGGGAGAAGGUUGGAAUCGUGGGACGAACAGGUUCUGGCAAGUCGACACUGUUGGUUGGUCUGUUGCGUAUUGUCGAGGCCUCGGGUGGUGCGAUUCUGAUUGAUGGUGUCGACAUUUCCAAGAUUGGACUCAAGGACCUACGUACCAAAGUCGGUAUUAUCCCUCAAGAGCCCGUCCUGUUUGUCGGAACUAUUCGAAGCAAUUUGGAUCCUUUCGGGCAGUAUGAGGAUAAUGCGAUCUGGAGAGCCCUGGAUGCGGUUCACUUGGGCGAUAAGGUCAAGGAUAUGCCGCUCAAGCUGGACUCACCCGUCAUCGAGCACGGCAAGAACUUUUCCUUGGGUCAACGACAGCUCAUCUGUAUUGCGCGGUCGCUGGUCAUUGGGUCCAAGAUCAUUGUGUUGGAUGAGGCAACGGCUUCGAUCGAUAUGGUAACGGACCGUUUGUUGCAGGAAACGAUCAAGAAGAGUUUUGCGGAUUGUACCGUUUUGACGAUUGCCCAUCGAUUGAACACGAUCAUCGAGUCGGACAAGGUCUUGGUUAUGGAUGGAGGAGUAAUUGCCGAGUUCGGAGAGCCCCACAAGUUGUUGCAGAAUCCUAAUGGUAUCUUUGCGGAGCUGGUGAGCCAUGCUGGUGAGUCUGCGGCUAAGAAGCUAGCCAUGAUUGCGGAGGAUGCCCACAAGGACCGUAAUAAUGGGUUGGAUCUGAUGAUAGAGGAGGCCGAGAACGAGGGAUCAUCACCAGAAGCCACACCUCAAGUCGAGUCAUAUUCUUUCCCACCAUCCGUCCCUGCAGUAGCGGCAGGCGUAUCAACAUCACCACCGGCUACUGUGGCCCUAUCGACGUUACAAGUACGCGGUGGAAGCCCUACUGAUCGCCCUGCAAAGGCCGAGACCGAGGGUCUUGCCAAAGCCAAGGCGCAUCUACGCCAAUUGAACUCGACCAGUGCGUCUGACACGGGCGUGAUUUAUGAGCCAACAUCAAUCAACACCGCUGCAGCCGCUGAAGGUUCGGCUUCACCAGAGUCGCAGUCCAAGGGUGAGGCUGCAGUUGAAAGGCAGUUCCAAAGGUUGUUCCGGGACCCUGCGAGGGGAGGAGAUACACCCGAUGGUAGCCCCGAGUCGAAGCCUCAGAUGACCACGACGACAGCGCCCCUUACUGAACCAACUGACGAUAUCAAACUCUCACGACCUUAG